GUGAAACCGAGAAGGUGCAGGAGGCGGACUCGGGCUAGGCCCAGUGGUCCCGGAGAACCCGAGGCUCAGGCCGCGGAGAGCAGGUGCGAUGGAAGACGAGCCGACGCUCAGUAACGUGGAGUCGGAUACCAGCUGCCAGGCAGAGGCGGAAUCAGUGCUCAGCUUCGAGGCAGCGGCGACUGCAAAACCUACGGUGUCUUCGUCGGAGACCGCCGCGGUCACCCCAGAGCCGUCGGAGCCCAAAGACUACGACAGCAAGUGCGUGUUCUGCCGGAUUGCGGGGCAGCAGGACCCGGGCACCGAGCUCCUGGAUUGCGAGAAUGAAGACCUAAUUUGCUUUAAAGAUAUCAAACCAGCAGCAACUCAUCAUUAUCUGGUGGUGCCAAAGAAGCAUAUUGGAAACUGUACAGUUCUAAAGAAAGAGCAAAUAGGACUCGUUGAGGACAUGGUUGCUGCUGGAAAAACCAUUCUUGAAAAGAAUAAUUUCACUGACUUCACAAAUGUGAGAAUGGGUUUCCACGUGCCGCCAUUCAAUUCCAUUUCCCACUUGCACCUUCAUGUUAUAGCACCAGUCGAUCAGUUUGGCUUCUUGACAAGACUGGUUUAUAGAAUGAAUUCCUAUUGGUUUAUCACAGCUGAUUAUUUAAUUGAAAAACUAAGAAAAGAAAAAUGACAGCAGUGGAAGAUUUUAUUCUUUGCUCCACAUAAACUAAUAUUUUGGGCCUUUUUAAAUCAAAUUAAAUGGUAAGGUUUGUUGGGUUGUAUAAGAGGCUAUUCCUGGGUAACCUUAAAUCUUUUCUGAAUGUCUGUUUCCCAAGAUCUGUGAUAUAGUUAUAUGAACAGUUUGUCAUUGACUUCUUUGUUUUAAUGGUUACUUGCCUAAGGUAUAAGAUAUUGUAGAUGAAAUCCCAUUAAAGCAAAUUCUGUUCAUCAAGAAUGGCUCUGUAUUUUUUAAAAAGUUCAGAUAUUUUAAUUUCUCACUAUUAUCAAUUAUAAUAGUGAUUUAUUAUGAAGAAUAAACCAGUAUAGAAAGUACUUUGUUGGAGUCUUUAUUACUGUGACAGAGAAAAAGAAAUGAACUAUCUGAUAGUUACAUAAUUUUACAUAUAAAUUUCAAAAUAAAAAGUACCAUAUUACACAGUGACCUCUGAUCUUGAUAGAAUUUAUAUAUGUGUGUAUAUACACACACACACACAUACCACUUUUUACUCAGAUUUCAGAUGCUGGUUUUUACUUUUUGAAGCCUAGCAUUUGUGUAACAAAUUAGUCCUGAAAUCUAUGUAAUAUAUAUAAUAAUUUCUAACAGUGACUUUGCAAUAACAGUCAAUUUGGCUAUCUAAGGGAAUUCACUGUAAAAGAAUUUUACCUGUAAGAACAUAUGUGGGAAAGAAACAGAAAAUAGUUAUAUUAAUUUAUUAAAACUGGCAGAAACUCUUGCUUUAUGGUUUGUUUACUGUACCAAAGGAAUAUUAGAAUUUAAAAAAUGAUUAGAUCUAGCUUUUAUCAUGAAAAAGUCCUGGUUUGAAAGUAGAGAUAGAUGUAUGUUAAUAAUACUGUGUUAACUAUGUGGAGUGUCAGAAGGUUACUAGACCUACUGGGGUGAUCACUUCCUAAGGUUAUGUUAUUAUGUUAAUAAAUUAACAUAACGUUAGUUUUAUUGAUAUAUCAUUUCAUGAGACACAUUUCUUUAUGAAUUGUCUUUUGUUGCUAAUCUAGAUUAAUAAUAUCACUAUGUGAAUGAAGAGUAGGUACCAAAAGCUAAUCAUACGUUGUGUCCUUAUAAUAAUAGUACUAUGUACAUGAAUAUAAAUGAAUGUAAGGAUUAAAGUAUUGAUGUUAGAAAUAGACUAAGAUGAUUAGUUUUCUUUCUCAUUUUUUUGCAUGAUAUUAAACAUGGUUUUAAGUAAUAAAAUACUAAUUACAAUGUUUCCUUAUAACAUCUGGAAUCAAUAUUGUUUAGUUCAUUUUUUCAUUCAUUCAGCAAACAUUUGCUGAGCAUCUAACAUGUAUCAGACAUUGCCAGGAUUGGGAAGUGUAUGAGAGAAAGGACUGCCUUCAGUUGCUAAUACAAGUAUCAGUCAAAACCAGGGAUUACAGUGGACUGUUACAUGCUGUAAUGUCUACAGAAGAGGCUGUGGAAAGGGAAACACUUUCGAGACAGGUAGCAGUAGAAUUAAGUAUUUAAGACUCAAUGUUAGUCAGGUAGACGGGGAACUUUAGGUUGAGAGACCCAAAUGUGGUUUUCCAUGUGUUCUGCUUCCAUUAUUAUUUACUUUACAAUUGAUAUGAAUGCCUGAAUUCCAUUAUAUUCACCAGAAGUGGAAAGAAGAAUUUGAAAGUAGGGGUUAUGGACUUUCAAAAUUAGAUUUACACAUUUUUGAGCACUGCUUUGUUAAGUAGCUUGAUGAGCACCUACACAGAUUAGCAGCUACAAGUUUAUAUAAACUGGUUCAAAUAUGACCAGAUACAGAAAAGGGAUAUUCAACAUGUGCACCAUGUUGUACUAUGUGAAUAUGCAAUGAUAUAAUUGACAAUAUUAUGAUAACAUGUAUUACUUAAGGAAUUUUCAAUGCCUUAUGAACCUUUAAAAAUGUGAUUAGCCAGUUGAUUUAAAUUAUAUAGAUUUAUGCUUUCUCACAGUAAGUUUUUCUUCUUUGUUGGAAAACCCAUGGAACCUCACACUUAUAGUGCAGUUUUCUUUUACUUGUAAAAAUUAAUAAUGACAUUGUUGCAAUUAAAACUUACUCAGCCUUUUCAGUAGUUUAGGAAUUUGGUAACUCUCUAGCUAUCCAUAACAUUAGCUCAACACAAUGCUAAUUCAAAACCUGUCUUAAAAUGUUUAAAGUAGUAUGGAAAGCAUUAUUUAUGCAAGUUGUCAUACUUUUUGUUUGUAAUUGGAUAAUUGUAAAAUUAUUAAUAAUGAACCAUUUCAAACUGUGUUUACUUACCUAAAAGAAAGCUAAAUAAAUGUAGAAAAAUACCAUGUCAAAUUUUGCCUUUCUGAAUUUUGUGUUU